AUGACGACACCAACGUCACAAAUCGAGGCUCUCACUGCUGCCAUUAACAGUUUACUUCAAUUGCAACUCCAACGAGAUCAUGCCCAAAAUGUAAAUCCGAGCUCAUCGACUACAAUUAAUACUAUUAAUCGUAUACAAUCAAUUAAAUGCUCGCAUCGAGAAAUAUGUGUUCACCUCGGACGACGAUUCGAAACCAUUCCCAAAAUGGCUGUUACGGUACACUCGGAAUAUACGGAAUAUACACUCGUCAAAGAAUCAGAGUCUCUUCCCGCAGAAAUGCGCACUCGUUUACUUCUAGACAACCUGAGUCAACCAGAAUUCGAUCGUUUAGUGGACCACGUCGCACCAGCGGAUCCGACCAAGAUGAAACAAACAGAUCUCAUCGCCAUUUUGAAGAAUCUCUUUCGUGACAAGACAUCUCUCACCCGCCGUCGCAUCGAAAUCUUAAACUAUAGAUAUGACAAAGCUAUCUCCGAACACAUCGACCGAAUAAAUCGUUUGGCUUCAGAUUUCGAACGUUCUAAACUCACGGAUGAUAAUUUCAGAGUUUUAUGUAUUACUCCUCCAAUCACUCUGUUUCUCAAGGAUAUCACUACAGAACUCGAGGCUCAUAUGAACGUAUCUACAAACUUGAAAACGCUCGAAAAUCCAUCGAAUCUCUCCACUUCAACCACGCAGUCUGUGCGCUUCAAAUCAGAAAAGAAGAAACGGCCUUCAUCAAAAUCCAUGAAACAGUCUUGCACCACGGAGAGUGUGCCUAGACAAUCGUCCAAUUGCAACGGCUGCGGUGGCGCACAUCGUCGUGCAAACUGUCCGUUCCGCGACGCCACAUGUUUUAAGUGUUCCUUAAAGGGCCACAUCGCGAAGGUGUGUCGCUCGAAGGAUAAGGUCGACUACCUUUCGGCCGACAACACAAUCGAUAACACAAUUGAUAUCGAUAAGCCAGCAAUUCAAUCGAUAACUUCGCUCAACAACUAUCGACGCAUCUACAUUCCUACGUCAUUACUCGACCAACAUGUACAAUUUCAAUACGAUAGUGGAUCAGAUAUCACGACCAUCGGGAAAGACACGUGGAUACGUCUAGGCAGUCCUACACUUAGCUCCGGCAAAUCUGUGGAACACGCCGGGGGCAAUGCUCUGAAAACAUUAGGAAGAUUCAAGUAUAAAAUACGGGCUGCUAACCGUGAAGGUGAUGUAGUGAUAGAUGUUGCCGCGCGCGACGGCCUUAACCUAUUCGGCUUAAACGCUAUCGACAAGCUCAAUUUGUGGGCUAUGCCUCUCGACAAGUGCCGUGAGUUCUGUGAAAAUUCACAACGCGCGGUUGUUAAACACAACAAAACAAAUUCCCCCGUCGAGUCGCCACCAUCACCUCCAGCAUCAAACGACCACAUCGUGAAAAAUUUUCCAAAACUCUUUUCCAAGGGCCUCGGGCAGUGUAAAAAUUUUCAAGCUAAACUUACGUUAUCCGAAAACUCUGUCCCAGUGCAAACUCCAUGUCGGCAAAUCCCGUUCGCGAUAGAAACUCUCCUAGAUGAGGAAUUGCAGCGUUUAAAAUCCUUAGACAUAAUCGAACGCGUACAUCAAUCGGAUUGGAGUACACCUAUCGUCAUCGUAAAAAAACUAAACGGCAAAAUCCGUUUAUGCGCUGAUUACUCCACAGGCGUGAAUAAGGCAUUGAAAAAUAACAUGUAUCCUUUACCGAACAUAGAUUCUAUAGUAUCUAAACUAAAUGGUAAUAGUUAUUUCAGCGUUUUAGAUCUCAGUGAUGCGUUCUUGCAAAUCGAAAUCGCUGAAAGAUAUCGUGAUGUCACCACGAUCGCAACACCGAAAGGCCUUUUCAGAUACAAACGUCUACCCUUUGGCAUCAAGAUGGCCCCAGCCACAUUUCAACAAGCCAUGGAUCAAUCGAUUUCAGGGUUGGACGGCGUCGGCGCCUUCAUCGAUGAUAUCUAUAUCGCAGGUUCUACCCGUCAAGAACACUAUAUACGUCUUCGCUCAACUUUACAACGCCUCGAGGCUCUGGGAUGGAAGUUGAAACCCGAGAAAUGCCGCUUCGCUCUACACGAAAUCAAGUAUCUCGGUCUUAUCAUCAAUGGCUCAGGCAUCGCCGCAAAUCCUGAAACUACUCGAGCGAUUACGAGUAUGCCUAAUCCUUCCUCCGUGGCGGAAGUCCAAACACUCUUAGGAAUGAUAAACCACUACGGAAAAUUUAUACCACAUCUUCAUCAGUUAAAGAAACCCUUAGAAGAUCUCACAAGAAAGAACCAAUCAUAG